CAUAGUUUCCAAUGUCCAAGCCUAUACUUAGUUACCUAGCUACCAACCUUAGCUUGCUGAGAUCUAUUUGGAAUUUGUGCACUUUGCUCACACUUGGGAAGACAUGGAAGUCCAACAAGUUCUUCACAUGAAUUGGGGUAAUGGAGAGACUAGCUAUGCUAGUAACUCCAAUCUUCAAAAAUUAGUGAUAACCAAGGCAAAAUCAAUGGUGAUUGAGAGCAUUUCAGAUUUGUAUACCACUAACUUUCCUCGAUGUUUAAGGAUAGCAGAUUUGGGGUGCUCUUCAGGACCCAACACCCUACUGGUGAUCUCAGAGAUCAUUGAGGCUAUUGAUGAAACAUGUCAUCAGUUAAAACGUAAUACACCUGAAUUCCAAGUGUUCCUCAAUGAUCUACCAAGUAAUGACUUCAACAACAUUUUCAAGACCUUGCCAGCCUUCUAUAAACAACUAAAGGAGGAGAAGGGUGAAAAGUUUGGGCCGUGUUCCAUCACAGGAUUACCCGGUUCUUUCUAUGACAGGCUAUUUCCAAGCAGUUCCAUAGACUUCCAUCAUUCCUCUUAUAGUGUUCAUUGGCUCUCACAGGUUCCUCUAACACUUGAAAGUAACAAGGGGAAUAUUUACUUGGCAAGGACGACUCCUCCUAGUGUGCUCAAAGCAUACUUAGAGCAAUUUCAAAAGGAUUACUCCUUAUUUCUUAGCCUACGGUCCAAGGAAAUAACACCAGGAGGGCGAAUGGUUAUAACAAUGUUAGGCAGGAGAAGUGAAGAUCCCUUCAGCAAAGAGGGUUACUUUUGGGAGCUCUUGUCUAAGUCACUAAAUGACUUGGUCUCAGAGGGUCUCAUUGAAGAAGCUCAAGUGGAUUCAUUCAAUUUGCCUUUUUAUAUGCCUUCUCGUAAGGAGUUAGAGGAUGUAGUUUGUGCGGAAGGAUCGUUUUAUCUUGAUCAACUAGAUAUCUUUGAUGCCAAUUGGGAUGGGAGUGAUGAUGAUGACAACAAAAGCUUCAUGUUCGAUAGAUUUAUAAGUGGGAAGAAAGUGGUAAAGAAUAUAAGAGCUGUGGCUGAACCCUUGAUUGUUUGUCACUUUGGGGAUGCUAUAAUUGAUAUUUUGUUCAGUAGGUACAUGGAUUAUGUCAGCGAGCACCUCUCAAAGGAGGAGGGUAAGUGUGUUAAUUUUGUCAUUUCCAUGCGAGGGAAAUGAAUGAAGAGGGUUAAAAUGUUACUCUAUUAAUUUCUAUCAGAAUUAAGUAAUAAGGAUGUAUUUUACCAAAAAGAAAUAGUAAUAAGGAUAUAUUUAUGCUUUAGCUGCCACUAGGUAGCCAACCUUCUGUGUGCUGAAAGAAAAUGUAAUGGUCCAAAUCCACCUUUUCAAUAUAUGAUGUUGCGAUUUUGGAGGCCGAUUUUUGGCAAGUCCUUAAUCUGCUAUACGUGCAUGUAUUUGCAGAUUAGUCUAUAUAUUUUUAUUUCCUUUC